AUGUGGCCUGAUGCAGCAGCUCAGACCUGACUUGGUGUUGCAUUUAGAAUGAAGUACCUCGCAAUUGCAGUAAUUGGAUUGCUCAUCGGCAGCCUAUCCAUCGCUAGUGGCUUCGCGGUGCAUGCCAAGCCUGAGAUGUGCACUGCACCCCAUUCGAUGGAUGGGAUGGAUCAGGAUGCGGCUGCCUGUAUGGCCUUUAUGCCGGCCUGGACCUAUGAUGCCGACAAGAAUAUCUGCACCGAGUUUAUCUAUGGCGGUUGUGGCGGCAAUGCAAAUCAGUUCUCCACACAAGGCAAAUGCGAAAAGGCGUGCAAGGACUAACUUCAAAAAUUACUCAAAAUUCCACUAAAUAUUGAACUCUGAAGAGCACAGCUUGUUUGUGU